UGACACUUACAUGCCUAUGGAUUCUUACAAUUCAUCUGUAUUAUUCAACGAAAUUUCACAAGUAGAUUUACAGCAAUUGGUUGACAAGGAAACUGGUGCCGCAAUACAUUAUAUUUAUUCUUGUUCUUCUUCGUCUCCCUUGCCCUACACUUUCAGUUCAUUACUAUCAUCUUCAUCCCUACCAAUAUCAUCAUUAUCAUUAAAUCAACAAAAAUAUUAUCAAAUCACUAUAAAUUCUUCAAAUAUCAAUCAGAAUUCAAAGAUUUUAAUACUCAACUUAAACAACAAAUAUUCACCACCAAUAAGUCAAGUUAAUAAUAAUAAUAAAAUAAGUUUGAGUGCGAUUCACAUAUACGGCAAAUUGAAUAGUGUUUUUUCAGCUAGACAAUUGAUCAUGAAUUUGUUGCCAGUUGUAUUGAUGUUCGAUGUGAGUAUCACAGAAGGUGAAUGGCUAAGAAGUUUGAAUCUAACCGAUUUAUGUCGUUCCUAUGAUGUCAGUUUGGCUAUUCGUCCUACUAAAUCAAGAGAAUUUCGGAAGACUGUUGUGAUAAGAACAAGAGAGAGAAAUAUUCGUUCAUUGUAUAUUAUGUGGCAAAGAAUACAAGAGUUAUUAUUACACUAUGCAAAAGCAAUCGAGACUAGCAUUUAUGGUUCAAAAUGUUUAAAUUCAGUGAGCUAUCAAGUUAAUUCAGGUGAAUUAUGGCCGAAUGAUAUUUUCAAGUCGAAGAAUGAAUACAAGGAGGUAGAAAGAUUUCCAAAUAGAAGGAGAAUAACUUGUGAUGAUACACAGGGUUAUAAAACAAUCAAUCAUGAUGAGAUGAACAAAGAGAACAUGAUGUUCGCUUCUCCAACUUUAUCAUCACAUUCAAUGAAAGCAACAACAUCAAGGAAGCCGUUUGGCAAUACUAUUUGCAGUAACCAAUUAGGUGGAGCAAUGAAUUCCUAUCAUCAUCAUCAUCAUCAUCAUCAUGAUCGUGAUCAGAAGGAUCGUCUGAGUUUAAUGGAUUAUGAAUCGAGUGCAGAAUUGAAAUUGAAAUCUGACAGUAUUGUGACCGAUAACAGUAGAAUAUGGAAAGGAUGUGACGAUUUAAGGGAACGCUUCAAUAUACAAACAAAUGAAAUGUAUGUCUUCCAGUUGCAGUGCAUUUUGAAAACAAGUUAUUUUUACUUUCAGUUUGUUAGUUUGUAUAUUUAUGCUUCAUAGUAAAUUACCGGAUAUAAUAUUAUUUUAAGUAUGAAUGUUUAGUCAUUCGACUAUGAGAGUUUAGUGAGUUUUAUGGGAUUUUGACAGACCGAGUAUUACGGAUAUUUUUGAAGUCACUGUGUAGUGUGUAGGGAUUUGAUUAGUGUCAAGGUAGGUUACUAUACGAGCUGACAUGAUUUAGAGAACCACUGGAAAUCAGGGAGCACCAGACAGACACUGGUCACGACU